AUGUUUCAGGGUGGUUUUGCUAUGAGAGAAUAUAUCCCUGAACUUAUACCAAAAAUUAUUGAAGCUUUAUUGGAUGAAGCUGUUGAUACUAAACGUGAGGUUGCUAUUGCAACUCUUGGUCAACUUGUACAGAGCACAUGUUAUGUGAUAGCUCCAUGUAAUGAGUACCCACAGUUGCCGAGCUUACUUUUAAAAUUGUUGAAUGGUGAGCCGGGAUGGUCUACAAGGUGGGAACUUCUUAGGGUUCUUGGAUUAAUGUGUGCUUUGCAUCCUCAUGUUCAUAAGCGCAAUCAACAAAGCUUAAAAGGACCUCUUAAUGAUGGGACUCGUACAACCAAUGAUGUGGGCCCACAUAUUCAGUCUAAUGAUGAGUUGCCAAUGGAUCUUUGA